CCACGCCGCUCCAGAAAAUGAGCCCACUGGCCUGCCAAGCCACAAAUAUCCUGCAAAAAUCUGCACGUCACCUGCGCGCGGCGCUGUCCUUUCCGUUCGUUCCGCCUCCGCCUCUCCACCCGCUGGCCGCUGCUCUGUCCGAGCUCCGACCCCAACCCCACCCACACCCCCAAAUAUCCCCCGCGCCGCCGCACGGUGAAGCCCCUCCUCGCCGUCCGCGCCGCCUCCACCCGCGCCCCAGCUCCAUCCCCAUGUCCGCCCCCGCUUCCCCGCACACCUCCCUCCUCCACUUGCCCCACCACCCGUUCGGGCCCCGGCGGCCGAGGCUGACGCGCCUCAGGUGCCUCGCGUCGCUAGCGCCCGCGUCAUCGGGCGCUUCGCCGGCGAACGAGAACCAUCUGAUACAGACGCUCUGCGCCCACGGGCACCUCGCCCGGGCCGCGGCGCUCCUCCAGGGACUCCCGGCGCCCACGCAGCGCACCUACGAGUCGCUCCUCCUCGCAGCCGCGCGGGCCGGGGACGCCGCCCUCGCCGCCGCCGUGCAUCGCCGGCUCGAGGCCGACCCGGUGUUCCGCUCGGACCCCUUCCUGUCGACCCGCCUCAUCGACGCCUACGCCACGCUGAGCGCGCUCCCCGCCGCGCGCCAGGUGUUCGACGAGGCGCCCGUGAAGAACAUCUUCGUGUGGAACGCGAUGCUCAAGGCGCUCGCGCUCGCCGACCAUGGCGAGGAGGCGCUCGCGCGCCUGGUCGACAUGGGCAGGCUCGGCGUCCCCGUCGACAGCUACAGCUACGCGCACGGGCUUAAGGCCUGCAUUGCAGCGUCAGCGUCGCACGCGCCGGCCUCUGCCCGUGUACGGGAGAUGCACGCUCAUGCCAUUCGUCGCGGCUAUGGAUUGCACACGCAUGUCGCCACCACUCUUAUUGACUGCUAUGCGAAGCUUGGGACUGUCACCUACGCAGAGCGAGUGUUUGCUUGGAUGCCUGAGAGGAAUGUUGUGUCAUGGAGUGCCAUGAUUGGAUGCUACGCCAAGAAUGAGCGCCCUGGUGAUGCGAUUGUGCUCUUCCAGGAGAUGAUGGCUUCUGAUGCAGACCUGGUACCAAACUCGAUCACAAUUGUUAGCGUCUUGAAUGCUUGUGCUGGGGUGAAUGCGCUUGGGCAGGGCAAAGUGCUGCAUGCAUACAUCCUUCGAAGGGGCUUUGACUCACUUGUUUCAGUGCUCAACACAUUGAUGGCAAUGUACAUGAAAUGUGGAUGCCUUGAAGUUGGGCGGCACAUCUUCAAUUUGAUAGGAUGCAGAAGGAAUGUUGUGUCAUGGAAUUCACUUAUAUCUGGAUACGGAAUGCAUGGCUUCGGCCAUGAGUCACUCCAAGUGUUUGAGGAGAUGAUAAAGGAGGGCGUUUCACCAAGUAUCAUCACAUUUAUCAGUCUCCUUGGGGCCUGUAGCCAUGCUGGACUUGUGGAGGAGGGAAAGAAGCUAUUUGAAUCAAUGGUGGAGUACAAUGUCACACCUCGUGCAGAGCACUAUGCUUGCAUGGUUGACCUUCUUGGUCGUGCUGGGUGUUUGGAUGAAGCUGUGGAGCUGAUACAGAGCAUGCGCAUUGAACCAAGCCCUCAAGUUUGGGGCUCACUUCUUGGAGCUUGCAGGAUUCAUGGCCAUGUAGAGUAUGCUGAGAUGGCAUGCUCUCAUCUCUUCGAUCUUGAGCCCCGAAAUGCUGGAAAUUAUGUCCUCCUGGCAGAGAUUUAUGCUCGAGCUAAAUUGCAGAACCAAGUUGAUGUGCUCAAGGAGCUACUUGAAGAGCAUGCCCUGGAGAAGGUGCCAGGUUGUAGCUGGAUAGAGGUGAAGAAGAAGCUGUACGCAUUUGUCUCUGUGGAUAACAAGAACCCACAGGUGGACGAGCUGCAAGCCCUGAUAGGCGAGUUUGUGACACAGAUGAAGAAUGAGGGUUAUGUCCCUGACAUAAGAUCUGUUCUGUAUGAUAUUGAAGAAGAGGAAAAAGAGCGGAUUCUGCUUGGUCACAGUGAGAAGUUGGCCGUUGCUUUUGGGCUUAUCAACACUGGCAGGGGAGAGGUUAUCAGGAUCACCAAGAACCUGAGGCUUUGUGAGGACUGUCAUUCAGUCACCAAGUUCAUCUCCAAAUUCACAGAGCGGGAGAUUGUUGUGAGGGAUGUGAAUCGGUUUCACCACUUCAGAGAUGGAGUUUGCUCAUGCAGGGACUAUUGGUGAUGAUGUUGCCAACUCCUCUUUAUAGUUAUCUUUACUGAUUAUACUGGAUGACCACUGAUGAAGUAGAAGCCAUUGUUUUCUUGACACCAUUGUGUACAGCCUAACAUAUUUGAUUAGACUAGGCAUGGUGAUAUCUUUUCAGGAAAAGCCUCAGGUUGAUUGCUGAGUAUGGAGAAAAGUGGAACUCAUACCAGACGAUUUUGACACGUAUUUAAUGAUAACCCUUUCCACAUAUCUUUUGCAGUCCUUGUCCAUGUCACGUUUGCAAUACUAAAUCUGCUACCGUGUAUGGACACUGACAAUGGAUGUGAUUCUUGUAUAUGCCAACAAAUCUGCUAUGUGCCUGUGAUAUAAAGGUACAGACCAUUUAGACAAUUUUUUGGUGUCCAUUGAUCUGCUAUGUUAUGAAGUUGCACAAUGAGCGGUCGUUGCAUUCAGAAUAUUUUGUGGACUGUGGAGAUUAAGGUACCUGAUAGUCUGGUGAGAUUUGUUGUGUUGAUGAAUUCUAUUCGGCUGAUGUUUAUA